AUGCUAUUUUAUGGCCAAUACCGCAGGAUCCUGUUUAAUGGCCAAUACCGCAGGAUCCUGUUUAAUGGCCAAUACCGCAGGAUCCUGUUUAAUGGCCAAUACCGCAGGAUCCUGUUUUAUGGCCAGUACCGCAGGAUCCUGUUUUAUGGCCAGUACCGCAGGAUCCUGUUUUAUGGCCAGUACCGCAGGAUCCUGUUUUAUGGCCAGUACCGCAGGAUCCUGUUUUAUGGCCAGUACCGCAGGAUCCUGUUUUAUGGCCAAUACCGCAGGAUCCUGUUUUAUGGCCAAUACCGCAGGAUCCUGUUUUAUGGCCAAUACCGCAGGAUCCUGUUUAAUGGCCAAUACCGCAGGAUCCUGUUUUAUGGCCAAUACCGCAGGAUCCUGUUUAAUGGCCAAUACCGCAGGAUCCUGUUUUAUGGCCAGUACCGCAGGAUCCUGUUUUAUGGCCAAUAA